GUCGCCGGCCGCUACGAACGAAGCAACACAUCGAAGGAGAGAGAGAGGAGCUGAUUCGCGGACUGAAUCCAAAGGGAGGAGAGAUCGGAGAUGAAGACCUUCGACCCGUGGCCCGUCUUCUUCCGCCGGGAGUGGCGCCGCAACUGGCCCUUCCUCGCCGGCUUCGCAGUCACGGGGAUCCUCAUCACCAAGCUCACCGCCGGGUUCACCGAGGAGGACCUCAAGAACUCCAAGUUCGUCCAGGAGCACAGGCGCUGAUCCGCCGAUCGGCCACUCGCCAGGCCACAGGAACAGCACCAGUGUUGCCUGCGUCUGUCCUCAAUGCGGCGAGCCAGUUCUCUACUUCGCCUUUCUAAUUGAACAUUUAUCUUUUUGUUGAAACACAAUCAUGCACACUUUUUGCCCCAGUUUGUAAUCUAAUAAGUGGCUAUUGAAUUGCUGGCUUCAGGUUAAGUAUGAUACAUGGUGCCAUUGUUGACUUGAUUCCUUUUGGUAUAACAGAGCUCAGAAUUUCUUU